UUUGAACCUGUUUGAACAAAACGAAGAGUUUGUUUGUUUACUUCUCUUUUGUUGAGUUUUCCUAUUUUUUUUUUAUUUUAUUCUGAUUUUGUUACAAUAAUUGUUGGUUAGACCACAAGAUAAGAGAUAUAAAGAUAGGCUGUCGACAUUGCAGUUCCUGAUAAAGAAAAAUACAUAUUUCUCCAAUUACCAAGAGGCUCAUUGUGUGAAACAAGAUGAGUUUACCUGCAUCAUUGACCCAAUUGUUCAGAAAAAUCGACGAAAACAAGCAGUCAUACAUAGAAAACCUCAGAGAAGCUGUAGCAAUCAAAUCAGUAUCAGCAUGGCCACAUACUCGUCCGGAAAUCAAAAAAAUGCUAGAAUGGGCCUUGCAAAGGCUCACUGCCUUAGGUGCAACGGGUGAACUUCGUGACAUUGGCAUGCAAACUUUACCAGAUGGCAGCAAAAUCCCUUUGCCUCCUGUACUACUAGCAAAUCUCGGUUCUGAUACGAAAAAGAAAACUGUAUUGCUUUAUGGACAUUUAGAUGUGCAACCUGCCUUGAAAGAAGAUGGUUGGAAUACUGAACCGUUUGUUUUAACUGAAAAGGAUGGCAAACUGUUUGGAAGAGGAUCGACUGAUGAUAAAGGGCCAGUUUUAGGAUGGAUUCAUGCCCUUGAAGCUUAUAAGGCAAUUGGAGUAGAAAUUCCAGUUAAUCUUAAAUUUGUUUUCGAAGGAAUGGAAGAAUCUGGUAGUGAAGGGCUAGAACCAUUGCUCAUGAGUGAAUCUGAUAAGUUUUUAAAAGGCACUGAUUAUGUAUGCAUUUCUGAUAAUUAUUGGCUGGGCACUGAAAAGCCUUGCAUCACUUAUGGUCUUAGAGGAAUAAGUUAUUUCCAUGUAGAAAUUGAAUGUGCCGCUAAAGAUUUACAUAGUGGCUCUUAUGGAGGGAGUGUUCAUGAAGCUAUGGCUGAUUUAGUCCAUAUUUUGGGCACUUUAGUUGAUAAGGAUGGCAAAAUUCUUAUAACUAAUAUAAAUAAUGAAGUUGCUCAGUUAACACCUAAAGAGCAGCAGUUGUACGAAAAGAUUAAUUUCGAUGUUGCAGAAUAUAAGGCUGAUGUUGGUACUAAAAUGUUGAUGCAUAAUGAGAAGAAAGAGAAAAUUUUGAUGCACAGAUGGAGAUAUCCUUCAUUGUCUAUUCAUGGUAUUGAGGGUGCUUUCAGUGAACCUGGACAAAAAACUGUAAUUCCAAGAAAAGUUACAGGGAAAUUUUCCAUAAGGCUUGUUCCUAAUCAAGAUCCUGCCACCAUAGAAAAAUAUGUUAUUGAUUAUCUGAACAAAAAGUGGCAGGAAUAUGGAAGUCCCAAUAAUAUGAAGGCUUACUCUGCUCAUUCUGGACGUCCAUGGAUGUCAGAUCCAUUUGACCCUCACUAUACUGCUGGAGUUAAAGCCACAAAGCACGUUUACGGAGUCGAACCAGAUUUGACCAGGGAAGGUGGUUCAAUACCUAUCACUUUAGUUUUGCAGGAAACUACUGGGAAAAAUGUGAUUUUGUUGCCAAUGGGUUGCGGUAACGAUGGAGCUCAUUCGCAAAACGAGAAGAUUGAUAUCAGAAAUUAUAUUGAAGGGACUAAACUGCUUGGAGCCUAUCUCUAUGAAGUAUCACAGCUUUGAUUAAUUUUAUAUUUUUUAAACUUUAUUAAUUGAAAUAAUAUUAAGUUUUAUUAUAUUAUUAAUCCCAGCUUAUAUAAAAAUAAAAAUAUUUUAUCUUGAAAU